CCGCUCCAAAUCGACGACGCAUCGACGCCUCCCGAUCCCUAAACCGCAUUCCUGCCCUAACGCACGCGAAAUCCACUGCCGCACCUCCACUUCGCCUCCGAUUCCGCCCGUCUCAUUGUCUCUCAGAUCGGAAAUCGCUUUCGGGUGGUCCGAUCAUCAAACAUGUCUUCCUCCUCGGGGCAGCCACAGUUUCGCUACACGCAGACGCCAUCGAAGGUGCUUCACCUGCGCAACCUGCCAUGGGAGUGCACGGAAGAGGAGCUCAUCGAGCUAGGCAAGCCUUUCGGUAAGAUCGUCAACACCAAAUGCAACGUCGGGGCCAAUCGCAACCAGGCUUUCGUUGAGUUCGUAGACCUUAAUCAGGCAAUCUCAAUGAUCUCAUAUUAUGCCUCUUCCUCUGAACCUGCACAAGUUCGUGGCAAAACUGUUUAUAUCCAAUAUUCAAACAGGCAAGAGAUUGUGAACAACAAGACUUCUGGAGAGGUUGUUGGAAACGUCUUACUUGUUACAAUAGAGGGUGUGGAAGCUGGUGAUGUCAGCAUAGAUGUUAUUCAUUUGGUAUUUUCUGCAUUUGGAUUUGUUCACAAAAUUGCUACUUUUGAAAAGACUGCUGGUUUCCAGGCGUUGAUUCAAUACACUGAUGUAGCAACUGCUGCAGAAGCUAGAAAUGCCUUGGAUGGAAGAAGUAUCCCAAGGUACUUGCUUCCGGAGCAUGUUGAAACAUGCCACUUACGAAUUACUUUUUCUGCUCACACAGAUUUGAAUAUCAAAUUCCAGUCUCAUCGUAGCAGGGAUUACACUAAUCCUUACCUUCCUGUAAAUCCUUCAGCAAUUGAGGGUACCAUACAGCCUGUCCUUGGACCUGAUGGGAAGGUGAAGGAACCUGAGAGCAAUGUGCUUCUUGCGUCCAUCGAGAACAUGCAAUAUGCUGUGACUGUUGAUGUUCUUCACACAGUGUUUGCAGCUUUUGGUACAGUCCAGAAAAUUGCAAUAUUUGAGAAGAACGGAGGAACUCAAGCUUUGAUCCAGUAUCCAGACGUGACUACUGCAACAGUUGCCAAAGAGGCUUUGGAGGGACACUGCAUUUAUGAUGGUGGCUACUGUAAGCUUCAUCUGUCAUACUCUCGUCAUACUGAUCUCAAUGUAAAGGCAUACAGUGACAAGAGCAGGGAUUACACCAUUCCUGAUGCAGGGAUACUCGCAACAUCACAUGCUCCUAAUGCUUCUUGUAGUUUGCUGAGCAAUCCACUUGCAGCUGGUGUUGCCAUGCAACAACCGAUACCUAAUGGGCAAAUGCCUACUUGGGAUCCAAGCAAAGCCAACUAUGCAUCGGCUUCAAGGACAUUCCCCAGCCAGUCAUUUGUUCCAACCACUGUUGCUCCGUACCAAACGUCAGGUGCUCUCCCCACUUCAUCUGCUGGUUACCUUCAAGCUCCACAGCAGACGCCUCAGUACGGUAUGCAUCCAAGGCCUUCUGGUGGUGCACCAUUUGCAGACCAACCUCCUAGGUAUUUCUAGCCCAAUUACAUCUUACCUAAUGCUCUUUCUUCCUAUGUUGUCGUUCGGUUUAUUACUUUAAAAAUCAAUGUCAGUCCACUGUUUGAAUCUUGUGCAACUUCGUCAUCUGAUUGCACUUUUGGUUUCUUUUUCGCUA